UUUUUAUUAUUCUGUUGCUUUCUAUUGGGAAAAUGUUUGUCCUUUAAAUAUAUCCGUCAGUGGACUACAAGGACCAGAAAGAAUUGCUCAGUGCCUGACACUGACAUCAAAAGCCCUAAGCAGCUUAAAUCUGUGUCUAAUGUAAUAGCUUUAUAAGAUUAGUACAACUAGGUUGGAGAGCAUAGGUUGGGGUCCAGACUGUUCCAGUGGAAAAUAAACAAGGUCUUCAUUCGAUAUCUACACAGUGAAUUACCAGGCAGAAACACAAAAAGAGAAGAACAUUUUAAAGUGCUCAUGAAUUCUUCAGGGGCAAUACCACGUCCCACCUAUUCCCAGACUCGGGAGCGUGUAGUCCGGGCAGUGCAUCCUCAUCUCAUAUGCUCUCUAACUUGUGGAGGCCGAGAGUGUCGCUAUGAGGGUCCUGAAUGUUGGAGUCUGGAACAACAAGCAAUCAGGGGUCUCUAUUCAUCCUGGAUUACGGAUGAGAUUCUUGCUAUGAGCCGUCCAUCCACUCGUUUAAUACAAGAGCACAAUAUCACUGGGCAAUUCCAAAGGUUUGGAAUACACUCUUUGGUUAAUGCCCAGCUUCCUUGGGAACACCCUUACUGUGGAGACCCACUUGAACCUCAAAGUGGCUUCUCAUAUAGACCUCAGGACUUCAUGGAUUCUGGCAUUUCUUUCUACAACUUCAGUCUGCCUGAUUUUGGAGUCGUCCCUGUCCCACGAAUCCUGGAUGCAGUGAAGGUUAUAGCAUUUGCUCUACGGGAAGGAAAGGUUGCAGUACACUGUCAUGCAGGACUUGGCCGCACAGGGGUCCUUAUCGCAUGUUAUUUGGUCUUCGCAUGUCGUGCUAGUGCUGCAGAUGUCAUCCGCUUUGUUCGUCUUCGACGUCCUGGCUCCAUCCAGACAGGGGCACAGGUUUCUUUGGUGUGUGAUUUUGCCCUAUUCCUAAAUUCACAGUGGGCAGUCUUUCCCAGCACCCAUCCAUCAUCUUCACCCUUCACAUUAUCUGAUUACCUAAUAAGCCAGCGUCAUCUCCUCCAUGGGCAGGAAGCCCGUAGUUUGCGGUACCUUCCCAAACCUGUGGCCAUACUUUGUCGAAGGCUGGCACAGUUAGCCAGGGGUAGUAGGGCACGUGGAGGACCCUGGGUAGAGCUGGAGAGGGAAAAUGCAAACAGGCUACUCCUUCAUACCAUUGCAAAAGCAGCAAAUGAACGCCACAGAAAAGGUGAGCCUCGACCAAGCAGUGUGAGUGAAGACACUACUGAACACGGUGAAAAAGUGAAGAGGAGAAGAGGCCUCUUGCAGAGUCAGCUCACCUGUGAGACCGGAAUCCUGCAACUACUGCUCACUGGAGACACACAGGUGGACAUUGUAAGUAAUGGGAUUUGUCAGCUUGGACUGGUUCCAAAGACUCCUUUGAUACCAGAGGAUAGAUUGUCAGAAGACAAACAAAUCAACUCAAACACCAAUGUCACAAAUGAGAACAGAGGGGCCAUAAUGCCCUCCCCACAUGUGUUGUGCAUUGCAGAAGCACUGGCAGGUUUGGAGGAUCCAGACCCUGAUACCAAGAAAGGAGUUCAAAGUAUGCAGAGGCUGUUGAAUGAACAGGGAGCAUGGGGAUCGAUAUACACAGAAAACAACCCAAAAAUCAUCUGCACUCUGCUUUGGGAUUGGCUACAGCAACUGAAAGAACCUGUGCUAUGCCAGGAAGAUGUAAAUCUAUUUUGUGAUGGAGACUGGAGAGAAAAUCUGACUAGACUUAGCAGGAGUCAGGGUGAGACCUUAUGCUGUCUCCUUCAGUGUGUCAGUAAAUUGCCAUCUUUACCAACGACAUUGGAAGACCUAGUAUUAUUGAGAUUGAUCAGAGCACUGACUCAGCAACCCCCGGACAGUCCUAGGCUACCUGAUAAUGUCAUAUCACAGCUGCGUACGAUUGUCAAUGAGAUAAGAAUGUAUGGGGUGACUGCUCGGGCACAACGCAAGCAACAGAUCCACAACGCAAGCAAGCAGAAUGGGGAACAAUAAUUACAGUGUGAAAUAAUACCUUUAGGAAUCCGUACAUGAGAUGGCAAGACUGAAGAGAAAAUACACAGCAGGUUAUGGUCAACUCAUGGUGUAGAUAUGCGUCAACUGGGGUUGAAUAACAAACAAGCCACUGGAAACUUUACCACUGAGCUAUUAUUACAAAGCAAAGAUGAAAGUACAGAAAAACAUGGGACUUUGUAACAAAACUAUUUAUUUCAUUAAAACGUCAAAAUGAUAUUACAGGGAGGCAUAACAAAUUAACAAUGAUAGAGCCAUGUUGGUCAAUGCAUAGCUCUGUGAUUUACAUUUUCUCAAUACAUACUGUAUGUUGUGCAAGUUCUUUCAUACUAUACAGAAAUUACGGAUGGAAUGGUCUACAAAUACAAAAUAUAUAAAAUGUACAGACUGCUCAAUUACAGACGCAAUCUAAAGGGAGGUAACAAUUAACCUUUCUUUGCACAGAUUUAUACACAUUCAAUCAUAAUGGCUAAAGUUUACAUUCAUUUGCCAAUUAAUCCCUUAGAGUAAAAAUUUGCAAUUACACAAGAAAACAUCGCCACGUUCUACCACGUAUCAAUCAGAUUUAUAAUGUAGGGAUAUAGAAACUGUAUCAACCUCUAAAUUUAUUUUAACAGCCCCUGUAAAAGCAAAAAUACUGAAGAAGAUAACUCCAUCACCGAGUGGCCAUUCCUGGUU